GUACGGUCAACAAAAAUGGCAGCGUCCUUGAUAAGCAUGUAUUUACUGGAAUUAGAUGUCAAACAUCAUGCCGCAUAGUAGACAUUCCCUCUCACAACGCUUGAGUUAAAGCUGACAUGGAAAGAAGAGAAUUUAUAGCUUCGUUAGUGGCGGGUGGGUGUGCAGGGAUGUGUGUGGACCUCACCCUGUUCCCCCUGGACACCAUUAAGACCAGGCUACAGAGCCAGCAGGGCUUCGCCAAGGCUGGGGGUUUGAGGGGCAUCUACGCAGGGGUCCCGUCCGCUGCCAUCGGCUCCUUCCCCAACGCUGCUGCAUUCUUCGUUACUUAUGAAAGUACCAAGGCCCGGCUGGGAGCCCGGGGUGCCUUCUCAGACCCAUACAUAACACCUGUCACUCACAUGCUCGCCGCCUCCUUGGGAGAAAUAGUGGCGUGUCUGAUCAGGGUUCCUACAGAGGUGGUGAAACAGAGGACCCAGGCGUGCCUGUCCUCCAACACCUACCAGGUUCUUCUGGCCACCCUCCGGGAAGAGGGCGUCAGAGGCUUGUACCGAGGCUACAGGAGUACCGUGCUCAGAGAGAUUCCCUUCUCUCUUGUCCAGUUUCCACUUUGGGAGUAUUUAAAGUGCUUUUCAAGAAAGACCAGCAAUUAUCUGUUGUCCCGGGGCAGGACAUGCAGCCCAACCAGACCCAGAACUGUACUGCAGAAUCCACCACUACCCAACAGCACAUGCUGUCAUGGCCACCACUACCCAACAACACACGCUGUCAUUAAAUCUCAAACAUGACUGAUGCAGGCUGUGUAUAUAGCUAACGCUAAUGUAUUGCGUAAUUAGCCGGGUUUCCAGUCCAACUGGUUUUACACCACAUUUGCCCUGCUAUUGCCUCCUAUUAGAACAUUAACAGAGUACUAUGAGACAAGCUCAUCCAACUCCAUAAGCUCUGUGGUGAAUAUUGAACAAAUGUUGUUUCUUCACUCUUCAGCAGCAUAGCACAGACUGCAAACAGUUGUCUUGAGCUGGCUCCGUUCAGGUCCUGCUUGAUUUGAUUGGCCUGGGAUAAGUCUUAACCUACAUGGAUAUGAGAACGUUUCAGAGCUUAGGUGCUCUGCUCCGUACAAUAGUAGAACUUCAUUAGCAAGGUGUUAUCUUUUGAGCUGGGGUAUUCUGGGGAACUUUUACGGCACCGCUUUCAUGUCUUUCCCUUUCUCAAUCCCCCUCUCUUUCGUGUCCUGUAAUGUGCAUGGGAAAAGAGAGGAUGACAUCACUCCAGAGGGGAACACAGAAAUAGCCACGCCGUUUGGUUCCCAGCCCCAGGGCGAUUCCGAUGAGGUUUGAGAUGUGUUUUUAAUGCGCUUGAUAACUCUUCUAAUCUCUCUCUCUUUCCCUCUCUCUCU